CGUUUCUCUGCGCGGAAUGUGGAGCGAGGAGUUGCCAUUCGAAUUUCCUACGCGGCCUCCGGGCGAUUGGCCGGUUCGCGGACAGCGGCGCGGCGCGAUUGGCCAGGCGCGCACAAGCCCCGUGCGCUGGUUGGCCUGAGCCAGCGCGGAAGCGGGGAGUUAAAGAGUCUGUGCCUGUCGUGGGGUCUGGCUCGGCCCCCGGGAGCACCCUGGAGCCGGUGUUGGGGGCUUCCUUUUUAAAUACGCAGCCUUCUCUCUAGGCUAUGGGAGAUGUCAAAGAAUCAAAAAUGCAAAUAACACCGGAAACUCCAGGAAGGAUCCCUGUUUUAAAUCCUUUUGAAAGUCCUAGUGAUUAUUCUAAUCUUCAUGAACAAACUCUUGCCAGCCCUUCGGUUUUUAAAUCAACAAAAUUACCAACUCCAGGGAAAUUUAGAUGGUCUAUCGAUCAACUAGCUGUAAUAAAUCCUGUAGAAAUAGAUCCAGAAGAUAUUCAUCGUCAAGCUUUAUACUUAAGUCAUUCUCGAAUAGAUAAAGAUGUGGAAGACAAAAGACAAAAAGCCAUUGAAGAGUUUUUCACUAAAGAUGUCAUCGUACCCUCUCCUUGGACUGAUCAUGAAGGGAAACAGCUUUCACAGUAUCAUUCCAGUAAAUGCAUUAACAUAUAUAGUGACUCUCCAAUUGGAAAAAAGCUGACUAUUCAUUCUGAGAAAAGCAAUGCUGCUUGUCAGACAUUGCUGUCUCUUCCUGUGGAUUUUAAUUUAGAAAAUAUAUUAGGUGACUAUUUUAGAGCUGAUGAAUUUGCAGAUCAAUCUCCUGGAAACCUCAGUUCUUCAUCCCUCAGAAGAAAGCUGUUUCUAGAUGGGAACGGAAGCAUCUCUGACUCCUUACCUUCAGCUUCUUCCAGAAGUCCUCGUAGCAGUGCUCAGGCGUCACUUGAGGUUUUUUAUUCAAUAGAUUUAUCUCCUGUACAGUGUAGGAGCCCUGCGCAGACACCAAGUUCGGGGCAGUUUUCUUCUAGCCCUAUUCAGGCUAGUGCAAAAAAAUACAGUUUGGGAAGCAUAACCAGUCCUUCACCUAUUUCUUCACCUACUUUCUCACCAAUUGCAUUUCAAAUAAGAAAGACUCCACUCUCAGAACAAAGGAAGUUUGCUUUUCAUUCUCCUGAUGCUUCAUCUGGAACAAAUUCUAAUGGAAUUACUAACCCGUGUAUCAGAAGUCCUUAUAUAGAUGGCUGCUCACCAAUUAAAAAUUGGUCUCCUAUGAGACUCGAGAUGUGUAGAGGUGGUACUCAGUAUCGGACCUCACUGAUUCAGAUACCUUUUACUCUUGAGACUCACAGUGAAGAGAAAGAAGAUAAAGAGGAUAUUCCUUCCAAAGAUGUUUCAUCACCAGGCAUGGAUGCUGCUGGAAUACACCUACGGCAGUUGAAUAGUGAUGCCUCUACACAUGGCACACAUUUAGUUGUGACUGCCAUGUCUAUUACACAAAAUCAGUCCAGUGCUUCUGAGAAAGAAUUAGCACUGUUGCAGGAUGUUGAAAGUGAGAAGGAGAAUAACACUGUGGAUAUGGUUGAUCCUAUAGAGAUAGCAGAUGAGAACACUUGGAUUAAGGAGCCUGUUGAUAAUGGGAGUUUACCCAUGACUGAUUUUGUGAAUGGAAUUGCCUUCAGUAUUGAAAACUCUCAUAUGUGCAUGUCACCUCUUGCUGAAAGCAGUGUCAUUCCUUGUGAAAGCAGUAACAUUCAGAUGGAUAGUGGCUAUAAUACACAGAAUUGUGGAAGCAAUACUAUGGAUACAGUUGGGGCAGAGAGUUAUUGCAAAGAAAGUGAUGUACAAACCUUUGACGUGGAGACUAAAUCUCAAGUUUUUAAUAUAAAGCAAGAACACACAACACAGAGGUGUUGGAUGAAAACAGCAAGUCCUUCUCAAUGCAGCAGUCCAUAAAAUACCUCUAUCAGAACCAAAGACUGUGGCAGAAUAGCUCCUCACAUAUUUUUAUGCACAGGAUCAAUAAUGUGAUGGUGAUUGGGAAAGAACUGCUUCAAGUAACAUGCUUAGCUUUCUUUCCCUCCUUAAUGUGAAAAAUCAAGGGCUUAAUUUAGUGACAUAGGAACAACACAAAAGCUCCUGGAACUUAAAGUUACUGAAUUAUAAGUUUAUUUUUUAUCAAUAAAUAUUUUUAUACUUACGUUGAGUGAUGUGUUUAACAAUAUAAAAUUGUGACCAAGAUGAUUGUUCCUGUCCUACAGGGCCAGUGAACUACUUAUUAAACCUUACUGAUAGCACUCAAUUUAGCAGUUCUGAGAACAUGUGAAAGUAAGUUAAAACUAAAGGCACUAUAUUUUUACAUUCUACAAUGAAUAUGUGUAAGAAAUGUUUAGAUAUAAAACAAACUUAUUAAAGAGGUAGAAAGGAAGUUAUAAACGGGUUUCUUAAAAUUUUAGUUCUUGGAACUAUUUGUUCAUUUAUGUGGGGAAAAUUCUUGGUUCCAGUGAUAUUGCUCUAGUUACUACUGUUAAACAUGUUAUUACUAGAAAGGUAGUACUAGCAGCAGCAUGAUAUGUAUUGUUAUCUGUGGGAUAAAUGUGUGGUGCUCAGAACAAAAUAUACCUCCAUCCCUAGCGUAAGGAUAUCCUUUCCAGCUCAAACUUGGCUAAGGAGAAGAAUAACCAGGAGAAACAGUGGAGACUGGGGGACACUGGAGUUUGUAUAAGGCUUAACCUAUGAUGUAACAGUUGGGUUGAUACAUACAUUCAAUGCAAUUAUUUUUUUAAAAACUUACAUCCAUGUUGGGAGUAGAUAAGUAUAUGACUUGUUUGGAAAUACUUUGAGAGAAUAUAUAUUUAUAUGUGCAAACCAUCUUUUAAACUGUCUCCAUCAAAAGGAAAUAAUAAUUAAUUUGUAGCCCUAGGAAAUAAAGACAUAUAUUAUCA